AUGCUAAACGACCAUUCCAAAGUCGGCAUCGCCCUGAUCAUCUUUUACGUCCCUGCCGUCCUGCUCGCGGCGUGGCUGCUCUUCCACCGGCAUGCGCAUGGAAAGGGCAAUGACAGACCCCGUCUGGCGUGGAUUGUGUUGUUGAUAUUUUCCUUGAUCCGUGUGGCUAGUGGCAUCGUCCUGAUCGUGCACGAGAAUCAGCAACAGGAAAUCGGGCCCACCAUCGCUGCCGUCAUUCUGCUGAAUGCGGGUGUGUUCCCUGUCAUUGCGGCGACAAUUGGGUUGAUUUGGAUCAUACAAGCCGCUGACUUCCAACACAACUCGUCCAUACGCUAUGGUCUCAUUCUGUCACGUGUUCUGUUCUUCGUCGGCAUCGCUCUGCUCAUUGCAGGCGGCUCGCUGGAAGGAAACUACAAUAACGAAUCCUCAGUGAUGACUGGUCUGAAGCUCGUUUAUUUCUGGCGGCGGGCAGCGAGAUUGUCAUUGACUAGCAUGACGGUCCUCAAAGGAGCCUCCUCAGCAAUGCCCUUCUUCGUCGUCCGUCUUACCUACGCCUUCCUCUCGGUUUUCAAAUCCUCUGACCUGACCUGGAAUCCGCUCGCGGGGCCGGUUGGCCCGUUUGUCGCCAUGGCGCUUGUCAUGGAGUAUCUGGUUCAUUUCGCCGGCGCGGGAUCAGCGGAACGACAGAAUCGAUGGGACACGUAG